AUGAAAGAAGAUAUUAAAUGGCAAGAAUUAUCACGGCAUCCUAUAUAUAAAGCUAAGGCUAUAGGUGGUUAUAAGAGUACACAUCCAAUGGAUAUAUCUUUUGACAAUGGUGAUAUAAUUGAGGUUCUUAAACUUGACAAUGAUGAAUGGUGGAGUGGAUGCUUGACAAAAUCAAAAGAUUUUGGUGUAUUUCCAAAAAAAAAGGUGAAAAUCGUUGAAGAAUAUCAUCAUUCACAAGAUGAUAAAAAUAAUAGUAAAGUUGAAAAGGUUAUUAAUAAAGCCAUUGGUAAACUGUCAUUGUUUGGAUCAAAUAAUGGUGAUUCUCCAGAAAGUGAACAUCAUAUUGAUAGCAGUAAUGGCAAGGAGCAACGAGGGGCUGCUGUAGGUGGAGAAAGAACAGUAGGUGGAAAAGUGGAUCCACUUAGUAAAUGUUCUUUUAUUGUAACUAAGGAUUUUAAAGGUCAUCACCUUGAUUUAUCAGCAGCAAAAAAAUCAGAUGAAUCAUCAAUUACAAAAUUAUCAGAAUAUUUAACAUCAACAUUGAAUGACGACCCACUGUAUAAAUUACGUGCAAUAUUUAUAUGGAUUACUGAUAAUAUUGUUUAUGAUACAAAAGCUUUUUUUUCAGGACAAAUAUCAUGUCAAGAUGGUCAAGAUAUUUUGAAAAGUAGAAAAGCAGUUUGUGAAGGAUAUAGUGAAUUAUUUAAAGAUUUAGCAAAUGCUGCUGGAUUAGAAGUAUCCAAAAUAAGUGGAGUUGCUAAAGGUGCUGGAUAUAAUCCAGGAUCAGAUGUUGGACGAGAGCAUGACCAUUCAUGGAAUUGUGUAAACUAUAAAGGAGAAUUUUUGUUGAUUGACAGUACAUGGGGAGCCGGUGUUCUGAAUGGGCCAGACUUUGAGAAAAAAUUUGAUGAUUUUUUCUUCCUUACAUCACCAAUAGAAUUUAUUUAUACACAUUUUCCAAACGAUACAGAUCACCAAUAUUUACAACCUGCAAUAACAAAACCUGAAUUCAUUCAUUUACCAUUCGUUAAAUCAGAAUUUUUCAAAUAUGGAUUAAAAUUUGAGCAAUUUUAUGGCGACAAGAUUGUAGUUAAAGAUGAUGUAAUGCAUUUUGAUUUGGAACAAACCAAACAACGUAAUAAAUCAAUCAGUUUUAUUGUCAAUCUGGAGUGGAAGAAGAAAAAAGAGAAGGGAUUGUAUCAGAGACUUCAUAUGAUUGGAAAGUAUGGAGGUGCAUUGCACAGAUUUAAUUUUGGAUGUCCUAGUCAUGGCGAAGGCAUUUUGUCGGUGUUCUUGGUUCCUGAAGGACAAAAUCGGGGAGAAAUCACUAUGACAUUAAAUGUUGAAAAUCAUGGGAAAGGAAAAAAUUACUAUGAAUUUUUGAAAACUUACAAAGCGCCAUUCGAAGCAACUAUUAUUCAGCCUCUUAGCAAAGAACUUUGUUAUGACAAGAAAACAAGAUUUGAAAUGAUAGCUUUUGAUAAAAAUGAUUGCGAUGGUGGUUCCAUUCCAAAUUUAUAUGUUUGUAGUGAUGAGUUCAAGACACAAGUAAAACUGGAAAGAUCAUCGCCACCAAAUAGAGUUGAGAAAGGAGCAGUUUAUUAUUCAGCAGACGUCACGUUAAAUCAUAAGGGAACUUGGAGCAUUGUAUUCGAACCUGAAAAGAACAAUUUUGGAUUUUUUGCUGAAUAUGAAGUUAAAUAA